UAUAAACACUUCGAGACAUUAUCAAGAAAAAAAGAAAAGAAAAUGUCGAAUGUCAGCAGUAAUGUCACAGCACCAACAAACACUGAGCUUUGUGAUAAAGAAACAGAAGGCGAAAUGAUAGCCCAUUCCGUGUUUCUCAGUGCUGUAAUGGUGUUCACAUUGUUUGGAAAUUUUCUCGUCAUUGGUACGGUUGUGACAUACGAAAAGUUACGAACGGUGACCAAUUAUUUCGUUAUCUCUCUAGCAGUAUCUGAUGUUUUGGUUGGACUUAUUACACUACCUUUGAAGGCAAGCUUUGAAAUAUUAAUAGACCAGAUGACGCACAACAAGAAAUGGUGUCAUGGGAUCGAGUUGUGUACAUCAUGGAUAAUCGCAGACAUCGUAUGCAACUGCGCAUCCAUUUGGAAUCUAGUCCUCAUCAGCAUCGACCGCGCAAUUGCAAUCUCGUGUCCAUUCCACUACCGUGAGAUGAUAACAAAGACAAAAGCGUGUCUCUUGAUAGCGUUGGUGUGGUGCGGUUCUAUUUUGGUAGCCUUAUUAGCAGUUUUGAAUUGGACACAUCCUGGCAAAAAGCAUAUAUUUAUGAAAUUCUCUUGUCAGAAAGGUGACCGUGUGUAUUACACUGUGGCAGCAGCUAUUGGAUUCUUUUUACCUCUUCUUAUUAUUCUUGUGUCCUAUGGUAUUGUCUUCAGUAUUGCUUACAGACAAGCCAAAGCAGUUGUUGCAACAUCAAGACGUAAUUCUCUAACGACCGUUCAUUUUCUGCGUGAAUUCAAAGCUGGAAAAACACUUGCAAUCGUUGUUGGCGCAUUCAUCAUAUGCUGGCUUCCAUUCUUCAUUAUACUUUUGGUCACUUUUUGGUCACAAAAGGAGUUUUAUAGAUGGAGCGUGCGCAAUAAAAUCGCAUUUGAGUUUGUUGACGUCACAUUCAUUUACUUGUUGACGUCAGUAAAUUCGGCCCUAAAUCCCUUCAUUUACGCUUUAUUUAACAUGGAGCUACGACGAGGUUUUAUAAAGUUUUUCUUCAAGAUUUUCAGAGUAAAAGCGCAGCGAAAAACGUCAAGCGAAGGUUUUUCUUCCUCUGUUACAUAUAGCUCAAGACGACAUUCCUGCAAUCCUAUGGUUGCUUUAACAAAAAGAAAUUCUUCCUCUAUAUAAACAAAGUCCAACACUAGACAGUGUUUAUAGAGAUCUUUCUCUUGGAUAAUUGGCGGAGUGCGGUGUUUAGAGAACAAAAGGACGCUCAAGAACAUUCAGUUUUAAAAUUUGAAAUACAUGAGAUCUAACUUAAUUUGCUUUUAAUGUAAUUUUAACAUAGCGUUAAUAGAAAUUACAAACCUAAGUUCAAGGAA